AAAAGGCACCAUUUUUCUCUUCCUACUUACAAAUGGCGGAAAAUCCAAAGGAAAUGGAGAAUCCAGAGGAAGUGAAGCUCCACAGUGCGUUCUUGGCAGAUUUUGGGGCUAUUCAUCAGGAACUUAUGGAUCAAGAAGCCAAAACGGCGCAAGCUGAAGCCGCAGCUGCUGAGAUGGCAGAGACAUUGAAGCUUGAACUUGUUUUGCCUAUUACCAACAUGCAGGAAGCUAAGGCACUCUCAAAGCUCCAUGAGGAGUACGAAUUUAAGGGUUCUGUGGAGCUCCUCCACCAGGGUCUUUCCAUGGCUGAGAGGAGAGAAUUAUUGGAGGUCGCUAAAGCCUACAUGCUCAAACUCAGUAACUAAAAAAAAAAAAAAGUGGAAAAUAUUGGAGCAACUUUCACUUGGAGUUUGAAAAUGGAAGCUCUUUUGUAAUUACUUUAGCUUGUAAUACUGAUGUUCAAUGAUCUGGAGAUAUCUUAGCUAUUUUAAGUAAACUAUGGAUGUUAGACUACUGAUCUUGAUAUUGAGUAGGCAGUGAUAGAUUUUUAGCUUUUGACUUGUUGGCUAUGGUUGUUAAUAUUUUUGGAUUGCCUUUUUUUUAAUUUUGUUUUGGUUACUGCCUUAUUGUUUUGUCUACUGCUUUGCUGUUGUUAUUUUGUUUGAGCUUAGUUGUUAUUUUCAUUCUUUAAUUUAGGUGAUGCAAUUUGCACAUUAAUUGUUUGGUCAAAAGUUGAGUUAAUGAAGUUGUACAUAGAGUUUUUCAA